AUGCUGGCUGGACACAGCAGGAGGGUGCUGCAGUACCUGCUGUUCCUGGCCCUGACCUGGGGUGCCAGCUUCUUCCACUCGCCGGCCCAGGCUUUGCAGAGGAUCGCGCUGCGGAGGAUGCCGUCCAUCCGGCAGACGCUGCGGGAGAUGGGCGUGAAGGUGGCGGACGUCUUCCCCGAGCUGCGGCAGGGCAGGCGCAGCGGGGCGGCCGGCCCCCGAAACGGGACGGCUCCCACCCUCCUCACCAACUACCUGGACACCCAGUAUUUUGGCGAGAUCAGCAUCGGGACCCCCGCGCAGACCUUCAAGGUGGUCUUCGACACGGGCUCGGCCAACCUGUGGGUGCCAUCCUGCAAGUGCUCCCCCCUGUACAGCGCCUGCGUUUCCCACAGCCGCUACGACUCCUCCAAGUCGCGGACGUACAUUGCCAACGGCACCGGCUUCGCCAUCCGCUAUGGGACGGGGAGCGUCAAAGGCUUCCUCAGCCAGGACGUGGUCAUGGUGUCGGACAUCCCCAUCAUCCAGGUGUUUGCCGAGGCCACGGCGCUGCCCGCCUUCCCCUUCAUCUUUGCCAGGUUUGACGGGGUCCUGGGCAUGGGAUACCCCAGCCAGGCCAUCGACGGCAUCACCCCUGUCUUCGACCGCAUCCUCUCCCAGCAGAUCCUCAAGGAAGACGUGUUCUCCGUCUACUACAGCCGGAACGCUCCCCUGAAACCCGGCGGGGAAAUAAUCCUUGGAGGCAGCGACCCAGCCUACUACACCGGCGACUUCCACUACCUGAGCGUCAGCAAGAGCGGCUACUGGCAGAUCAGCAUGAAGGGGGUGUCUGUAGGGGCUGAAGUGUUAUUCUGCAAGGAAGGCUGCUCGGUGGCCAUCGACACCGGAGCAUCCUACAUCACCGGCCCGGCCGGCCCCGUGUCCGUGCUGAUGAAAGCCAUCGGGGCAGCAGAAAUGGCUGAAGGAGAGUACGUGGUUGACUGCGACCGAGUCCCCCAGCUGCCCAACAUCUCCUUCCACCUGGGCGGCAAGGCGUACGCGCUUGGCGGCUCAGCCUACGUCCUGCGGCAAUCCCAGUAUGGGGAGGACGUCUGCGUGGUGGCUUUCUCGGGGUUGGACAUCCCCCCACCUGCUGGCCCCCUCUGGAUCCUGGGCGCCAGCUUCAUCGGGCACUACUACACCAAAUUCGACCGGCGCAACAACCGCAUCGGCUUCGCCACUGGCCCGCUGAGCGCCGGGGCCCCAGGGGGUUUUGGGGAGCCAGCUGGGAGGCAGGAGCAGCACCCAGGAGAAGCAAAUGGGAAUGCAAACGGGAACAGCGUUUCCUUAAAGCACAGCCACCUCCUCUCUGUACUGAAGCAACUGCACAGCCUCGUGUUCUCCCACUCCAAAACCCCCGCGCUGCUUCCUGAGAGCCUCAGCAGCUGGGGAGAUGGGAGCCUGGAGAGCAUCCUCCACCGAGCAUCCUCCGUCUGGGGGUCCCAGGGGAAUCCGGGGUCUGGGGCUGCACCUCCAGAGACUUUCAGGGUGAUGUGCAAUAGGACCGCAUGUGGCAGAUCUCUGCUGGCUGGAGCAGAGGUGCUUGCAGCUUGCAGAUGCUGUGGAGUGAUGGUUUGUUAUCGUUAUGGUCGUUCUUUGAAUGGGAGAAAAAUAAUCAGAGCUGUGGUGGCUCCCGUCACAGCGCAGCAGCUGCGAAUCCGAGCGUUCCCCAAGGCCAAGCGGUUUGCAAGGCGCUCUCGUCUCCCGUUCGACCCGCUCAGGUGCUGUGAGUGCCACGGGGUCUGGAGCACAGCCUGGAGCAAGCCACCAUCUGAGCGCAACCGCCUGCAGAAGCUUCUCAUCCUCAUUUCUGCCACCAGUGAUGACUGCUGA